AUGGAUGGGAACGUUACUCAGGAUAGUGCUUGGGACGAGGACGGGAUCCAAUUCAUCGCACGUCUUCCCGGAGUUGUCCCGCCUCUUCUCUCUGCGCCGCUUCCCUUGGCUCUCGAAUCCAUGCGCCGGAUUCCAGCUCUUAAACUUAUCGGAACAAUGAAGUUAUCCCCGGAUACGGCCCGAUUGGAUACGGAGAUUGAUGUUCGGCUGUACAUACACCCUCAAGCUUACGUUACCCAUGGGUACUUUCAACGUGUACUUGCAUUGGGGGCGGAAUACAUCCCAGAACGACCGCUCUUACGAUCCCCGCAUCCUCACCCGCACAUCGACCCGCGUAUAACGAGUACAGCAGUCAGAAUCGGCCUAGGUGAGGACGUCAUCGUUGUCUACGGCCGCUCCAAUCGGAAGAAUACGCUCGCGUCGAGCGAGGCCAAGGAACAGGCAAACUGGAACUCGUUGCUGCGCGCUACUCGAUCCGACAUCCGCGCACCGAGACCAGACGACCCGCUCCCGCGUGAACCUCCGACCCGUGCGAUGCUCAGGCGCACCGAGUCGACCUUGGUCGGAGGGAUCAAACGCACCAUGUCGGGCACGAAACGGUUCGGGAGGGUGCGGAGCGAGGUUGUGGUCAGGGGAUUGGGCGAGCAGAUUGAUACGCCGUUGUCGAAACCUACCAAGCUAAAGGAGCCUACGAGUUCGGUUAGAAGAAAGGGUGGUGGUGGAGGAAAGGGCAAGUCUAAAGCCGAGGAAGCAGACGAUCCGUUUGCUGUUGGUGGGCCGGAGAGCGAGGUUGAUGCGAGUGCGGUGUUGCCCAAGAUGAUGGCUCGAGUCAAGAGUGCUAGUGCGGCUGCCCCGGUUGCUGGUAGCGGUGGAGAAGAGACGGCCAACAAAGCCCUCAUAAAACGACUUGCUCAGUCCGCACUGGAAACAUAUGGAAUCGACCGAGAAGAUCCGGGCUUCAAGGAAGUAUUUGGCUACGUGACAAGGGGUGUUGGCUUCGCUUUUCGAAAUAAAAUGAAAUGCGAAAAGAUAGGGAAGGACGAGUUGAGAAGAAUGGUCGUGAGGCACGUAGAGCUUUAUGUCGCCGGUAAUGGGGAUGUUGCCGUGCCCGCCUGA